AUGCCUACAGAAAUCCAUCAUCCAUACAAAAAGUUUUCUGAAUGGAAAUUCAAACUUUUCCGUGUAAAGUCUUCAGAAGGAUCAUCUUCAGACACUGAUACAGUUGUUACAGAUGAACAGACAAAAAGAGAAAUGCCUCCAUUGAAGGCUGCAUCUUUGAAACAAAGGCAGAAGGAUAUGUCAUCUCUGGAAACAGUACCUUUAGCUUCAAGCUUUGUAAAUCCAAACCUAUCAGAAGGCAUUAAACAAAAUCUCAAGAUCCCAGAUAAUAAUCAGGAAGAACCAGAAGCUAUGGAGAUGGAAAAUCAUAUAUCAAACCUGGAAAAGCUGUGUCGCAUAUGUGGGGCUUCGUUUAAAAAACAUGGGAGCAAUAUAAAGUAUCCAGUUCAAGGCCCCGCAGAUGCAGAUGUGCAAGACCUUCUAAAAAAGAUGGGAAAGAAAAUCACCUUGUGGCAAGCUAUCAUUUACAAGGUAUUUCAUAUUGAUGUGACAACAGAUCUUGAAACUAUCCACCCCAGACAUUUUUGUCACAAUUGUAGAGUCAUUAUCAACAAGAAAAUAAUCAGUGUCACUGGCAAAGAGCUGUAUUUUCCAAAAACUGUGAAAGUUGAUUGGCAGCCUCACUCCAAGGUCUGUAAAGUGUGCCAGCCUCAUCGAAGUUACCUGAAAAGAAAGAACCGACAGUGCCACUUACAGAUUGUCAAGAAGCUUAAGGUUACAAAUGAGAAUGCAAAAAACAUAAGAAACAAAAAUGCUAAUAGUAAAAGCAACCCCAUAGAUGAAGUGAAUAUGAUUAUGAAGAAUAUUACCAACUGCAAACACUUACAUCUUAGUACAAAACAGUUGGCUGUUGAAUAUCCUGCAGACUUUGUUAAAUCCAUUUCAUGCCAAGCAUGUGAGCAUCUGCUUGCCGAUCCAGUGCAGACCACUUGCAAACAUCUGUUCUGCAGAACAUGCAUUCUUAGAUGCUUUAAAGCUAUUGGGCAUUACUGCCCAUCCUGCAAAUAUCCAAGUUUCCCCACUGAUCUCAUAACACCUGUCAAACCUUUCUUGACCAUUCUGAAUUCCAUCAUUGUGGACUGUCCACUUAAAGAUUGUGAAGAGCAAGUCAGGCUCGAUGAAUAUUCCCAUCAUACAUUGAUUCAUGAGGAGUCUAAAGGAAAGGAUGCCUACUCACAGAUAAAUAAAGGUGGGCGUCCAAGGCAGCAUUUGCUUUCUUUGACAAGGCGAGCACAAAAGCAUCGCCUGAGGCAACUUAAGCUGCAAGUCAAGGCUUUUGCUGAUAAAGAAGAAGGUGGUGAUGUAAAGUCAGUGUGUCUCACUUUGUUUCUUCUUGCACUUAGAGCCAGAAAUGAGCACAGACAAGCUGAUGAGUUAGAAGCUCUUAUGCAAGGAAGAGGAUCAGGUCUUCAUCCUGCUGUUUGUCUCGCCAUAAGAGUGAACACCUUUCUAAGCUGUAGUCAGUACCACAAAAUGUACCGAACAGUGAAAGCUGCAACUGGAAGGCAGAUCUUUCAACCAUUACAUGCUCUUAGAAGUGCUGAAAAGGCCCUCCUUCCAGGGUACCAUCCAUUUGAAUGGCAGCCUCCUCUAGUAGGUGUUUCCUCAAGUACAGAUGUUGGAAUCAUAAAUGGGUUGUCUGGUCUGACUUCUUCUGUUGAUGAAUACCCAGUAGAAGCCCUUGCAAAGAGAUUUAGAUAUGAUGCAGCUUUGGUUUCUGCUUUAAAGGACAUUGAGGAAAACAUCCUAGAAGGUAUGAAACAAAAUGGCUUGGAUGAGUAUCUGAGUGGCCCUUUCACUGUAGUGAUAAAAGAAUCUUGUGAUGGUAUGGGAGAUGUCAGUGAAAAACAUGGAAGUGGCCCACCAGUUCCAGAAAAAGCUGUGAGGUUUUCUUUUACAAUUAUGUCUAUUUCUGUAGCAAUGAGUGACAGUGAAAAUGUACAGAUUUUUGAAGAAUUCAAGCCUAAUUCUGAACUCAGCUGUAAACCACUGUGCCUCAUGAUUGCUGAUGAAUCUGACCAUGAAACAUUGACUGUCAUCUUGGGCCCUGUGAUUGCAGAACGUGAAGCCAUGAAAACAAGUGAACUGAUGCUUGAAUUAGGAGGCAUUCUGAGAACUUUCAAAUUUUUCUUCAGAGGUACAGGGUAUGAUGAAAAGCUUGUGAGAGAGGUUGAAGGAUUAGAGGCUUCAGGUUCACAUUAUAUAUGUACCCUCUGCGAUGCGACUCGACAAGAGGCCUCUCGGAACUUAGUUCUUCAUUCAAUAACAAGGAGCCAUGCUGAAAACCUGGAGAGGUAUGAAGUAUGGAGGUCAAACCCAUAUAACGAAUCAGUUGAUGAACUGCGUGACAGAGUAAAGGGUGUUUCUGCCAAGCCUUUCAUUGAAACACGGCCCUGCAUUGAUGCAUUACAUUGUGAUAUUGGAAAUGCAACUGAAUUUUAUAAAAUAUUUCAAGAUGAGGUUGGUGAAGUAUACAAACGUCCAAAUCCAUCAAAAGAAGACAGAAAAAGAUGGCAUAUGACCCUUGACAAACACCUCAGGAAGAAGCUAAGCCUUAAGCCAGUUAUGAGAAUGAAUGGAAAUUUUGCAAGAAAACUUAUUACAAAAGAGGCAGUAGAUGCUGUGUGUGAACUGAUUCCUUCAGAAGAAAGGCGUGCAGCUAUCAGGGAUUUGGUACACCUUUAUAUGCUUAUGAAACCAGUAUGGCGAUCUACUUAUCCAGCCAAAGAGUGCCCAGAGUUGCUCUGCCAGUACAGCUUUAAUUCACAAAGGUUUGCAGAACUGUUAUCUACUAAAUUCCAGUACAGAUAUGAAGCCAAAAUUACAAACUACCUUCACAAGACUUUGGCUCAUGUUCCUGAAAUAAUUGAAAGGGAUGGGUCUAUAGGUGCUUGGGCAAGUGAAGGCAAUGAGUCGGGUAAUAAACUGUUCCGCAGAUUCAGAAAAAUGAAUGCUAGACAGUCAAAAUGCUAUGAAUUGGAAGACGUAUUGAAACACCACUGGCUCUAUACCUCAAAGUACCUUCAAAAGUUUAUGAAUGCUCAUAAUGAACUGAAGGCUCAAAUAUUUCCAAAUGUCACAGAAGAAAUAUCAGAAAUAUCAGAGGAUUCCAAUAAUUUAGAAGAUUCACAGCUACUGAAUGACUCGAUGGACUUCUAAAGACAAGAAGGCUGCAAGGGAUAGUAUGAAAGUGUUUCGACGGUAAAGGGUCUGUUCAGAUGCCAGUCUGUAGCUAGAUACCUUCAGGUUACAGACUGCACUGGGUAUG